UAAUUUGAACUUGAUCCCGUAUGAUUAAUAUUUCGGCAUGAAAAAAAAAAAAAAUUGAAAAGGCCAAUCACUACAAAGAACCGGUUAUUGAGUCGCUUUCCAACACAAAAAAAGUAGACACAUAUAGGCAGUUGGUCAUCCAAGGCCAAAACCAGCAAUAUCACUUUGUAGUCUCAGUUCAGUGUGUUUUAGGAGCUAACCAGAUUUGCUUCACCCUUCUCUAUUCUCUCAUCAAUCUCUCACCUCUCCAAACUCCAUUCAAAUUAAACCCAAAAAGAAGACCAACUUUUUAGGGAAUGCUCUGUCACUUUAUGAUGAUUUGAUCACUUGGUUUGGGACUUGAACUCUCUCCAGAAUUUGGUUCUUUUCCAUUGUGUUGUGUUUUCAAGAUGGGAGAUGUAGCUAAGGACCUAAUUUCUGGAACUGUUGGAGGAGCAUCGCAGUUGAUAGUUGGGCACCCUUUUGAUACCAUCAAGGUUAAGCUUCAAAGCCAGUCUGCUCCACUCCCUGGGCAGCCACCGAAAUAUGCUGGUGCUAUGGAUGCUGUCAGGCAGACGUUAGCUGCUGAAGGUCCAAGGGGAUUGUAUAAGGGUAUGGGGGCUCCACUGGCUACUGUUGCAGGCCUUAAUGCCGUCCUCUUUAUGGUGAGAGGGCAAAUGGAGGCAUUGUUGAGAUCAGAGUCUGGUGACUCCCUCACAGUUAACCAACAGAUAGUAGCAGGGGCUGGGGCUGGAGUUGCUGUUUCAUUCCUAGCUUGCCCCACCGAGUUGAUCAAAUGCAGAUUACAGGCCCAGAGUGCAUUGGCACAUUCUGGCUCAGCUAGUGUGGCAGUGAAGUAUGGAGGGCCAAUGGAUGUAGCUAGGCAUGUUCUCAGAUCAGAGGGUGGCGUAAGGGGGCUCUUCAAGGGAUUGGUUCCCACCUUGGCUCGCGAGGUUCCAGGAAAUGCUGCUAUGUUUGGUGUGUAUGAAGCACUGAAGCAGUACAUGGCUGAAGGACCAGACACUAGUAAAUUAGGAAGAGGGUCUUUGAUCGUGGCAGGAGGCUUGGCCGGAGCUUCAUUCUGGAUCUUUGUUUACCCAGUUGAUGUCAUCAAGAGUGUGGUCCAGGUGGAUGACUACAGAAACCCCAAGUACACUGGCUCCAUGAAUGCAUUUAAUAGGAUAUUAGCCUCAGAAGGGGUGAAAGGCCUAUUCAAAGGGUUCGGCCCUGCCAUGGCACGAAGCAUGCCCGCGAACGCAGCAUGUUUCUUGGCAUUCGAAGUAUCAAGGUCUGCUUUGGGCUAAAUCAAUUGCUGUUGCACUCUGAUUCCGAUUAAAAGUUUACUGUUGUUUUUAUUGAAGCCAUUUUAUGUGUGGAUUAAUCGUGAUGUUCGAAUGAAGUUUUGGCAAUAUAAUGACAGCCGACGACAGGAUCUCCAUUCUUCAAGAUUGCUGUAACUUCCAUUUGAUUGUAUGUACGGAAGAAAAACAUUUUUGUUUCAUCAAACGCCCAUAUUUCUGUUUUUCAUCAAGAGAUUUUGCAGAUAGAUAA